GUGAGUGCAAGUCCUUGACAGUGCAAUUUGGUCCAUUUUGUAGUUAUGAUGUUAAUAUUCAUCGGGAUAUAAUUCUUGUUUUACUUUCUUUCCGGUGUUGAAUGAUAUAUUUCCACACCUCAGCUCUCACUUGCUCUCUAAUCUCUCUCUGUCUGUGUCCACCACAACCUUCUUGUUGUUAGCAUCUCUUCUUUUUCUCUUUCAGCAGUUUCAUAGGCGGGUGACCCUGCCAUCCUCUGCACUCUGCAGCAAAUUGAUGUCCUGCAAUGGUAUGGCGUCGUCAUCCUCUUCCUUCUUCUCCCCAAAUUAUGUGAUACAUAUGCAAACUCCUCAUGAGGAAGAACACCAACUCUCCUCUGCGGUUGCCGCCCUCCUUCACAACACCCCAUGCAACAGUCUCCAAGACCUCAGAGUCAUGGCUCCGAUGAUAGGGAAGAGAUCUCUGUCCUUCUCGGGGGUCGAGAACGGCGAUGAGAUGCACGCCGAUGAUGACUUCUCGGAUGACGGCAUGCAGACAGGCGAGAAGAAGAGGAGGCUCACCGUGGAGCAGGUGAGGACACUAGAGAAGAACUUCGAGCAGGGGAACAAGUUGGAGCCCGAGAGAAAGAUGCAGCUGGCCCGAGCCCUGGGGCUGCAGCCAAGGCAGGUGGCCAUCUGGUUCCAGAACAGGAGGGCCAGGUGGAAGACGAAGCAACUGGAGAAGGAUUACGAUGUCCUGAAGAGACAGUUCGAGGCCAUGAAAUCGGAGAAUGAGGCUCUGCGCGCACAGAACCAGAAGCUCCACGCUGAGAUAUCGGCGCUCAAAGGCAGAGAGGCACCGGAGCUGAUCAACCUCAACAAAGAAACCGAAGGUUCAUGCAGCAACAGAAGUGAGAAUAGCUCCGAGAUCAACUUAGAUAUCUCGAGAACAUCGGUCACCGAGAGCCCCUUGAAUCCUCACCAAAGCCUACCUUUCAUUCACUCCAUCAGGCCAGCCGACAUGGACCAGCUCCUUCAGAGUUCUUCCAGGCCAGAGAUGCAAUCCCCCAAGAUCGAGACCGGCGCCACCGAGGGAAGCUUCAGCAACCUGUUGUGCGGCAUGGAAGACCAAUCCGCCUCCUUCUGGCCAUGGUCAGAUCACCCCAACUUCCAUUAGCUCGUCUGUUCGAUCGACUCCUCAUCGCUGUCCACAUGGUUGCUGAAAUGUGAGAAUUAUGCUGCACUAGCAGCAUUUGAAUUUGAAUUCUACUAUAUAUAUAUAUAUAUAUAUAUAUAUAUAUAUAUAUAUAUAUGGUUGUCGAGUUUCAGAGGCAUUCCUUCGAUUGCAUCAAAGCAGUGAAUUGCUUUCCCCUUCCUUCGACCGUGCCGAGUGGUGUCUACCGGUUUCCGCAGCUGCUCUUUCUCCCUCUCCGCACUGCAUGUUUGCAGGUGUUCUCAGGAAAGUUGAGCGACAAGAGGUGAAAGCAUUAGAGCACCAACUCGGGCUCGAGAUCGUACAAGUACAUGGAGAGGCCAACCUACAAGACAUUGAAAUUGGCUGCCACAUGGACCAUAUAUUAAAAAGUUGCACCCUUUUCUAAAAGGUCUCUUCUUUGCAGCUACUACUACUUUUUACUCGAUGAAUGCUUCUAGCUGAACUUGUUCAUAAGAAUAUUAGGUAUAGCGAGUCUGGAACAUAUGCUGCUUGAGAUAGAGAAUGGAGAUGAGGAAUGGUACCCAGGAAAGGAGGAAAGAAACAGCAUGCAUGUGAAGGCCAAGAAGGUGAGGAAGAAAACAAGGUGUGGGGAAAGGGGUUCUGUCUUUGGUUUUUGGUUAGUAAUAUCCUUGCUGCUGACACCGGAAGGCAACCUUUAGCCAGCCAGUACCCCACUUUGGCCUCACAGGAAAAAGUCUUCUUGCAUUUGAGAUAAGAGAACCAUGUGAUCCACUGUCACUUCCUAUCCUACAGACUUUUAUGAUGAUGGUGCAACUGCAAGGUCUUGUUCAGAAUUCUGUAAGCUUAUUCUAAACUCAAAACCUUUUCUUUUC